UAGAGAAACCAGAAGACAACCAGAAUGUCAGCGCCUCCGAAAAAUGUCUCAGCGUAGAUGACUUCAUCUUCCACAAGGUACUCGGGAAAGGCAGCUAUGGGAAGGUUGUUUUAUCUGAACUGAAAGGCAGAAAUGAGUUUUUUUGCUAUAAAGGCUCUGAAGAAGAGAAGGGUUAAAAAGAAGGAGGCGCCAAUGAUGGAGAAACGUAUUCUUGCAUUGGCCUGGGAUCACCCAUUUCUCACUCGCCUUUAUUGCAGCUUUCAGACCAAUUCACACCUGUUCUUUGUGAUGGAACUGCUGAAUGGAGGAGUCCUGCUCGGUCACCUGAAUGACCAGAGAAGAUUUUAUCUGCACAGGGCUACUUUCUAUGGAGCGGAAAUAUCAACCGGCUUACAGUUUUUGCACUCCAAGAACAUUAUUCAUAGGGAUCUGAAAUUGGAGAACGUAAUGUUGGAUAAGGACGGCCACAUCAAACUCACAGAUUUUGGACUGAGCAAAGAGAACAUUUCCAACGAUAGAAAAGCUAACUCAUUCUGUGGGACUCCAGAGUUCAUGGCUCCAGAGAUAUUGCUUAGGCAAAGCUACGCUUUCUCUGUGGACUGGUGGGCCUUCGGCGUUCUUCUCUACAGUAUUCUGAUAGGAAAGCUGCCAUUCCAUGGGCGGAACAUACAUGAGACCUUUGAUUUGAUCAAAGAAGAUACGCCCGACUAUCCAAGCUGGAUAACUGAGGAAUCAAGGGACGUCCUACGACAGCUGCUGGAGAAAGAUCCAACCAAAAGAUUAGGUGUGACCGAGGAUAUAAGGCUUCAUCCCUAUUUUACUGCUAUAAACUGGACGGCACUAGAGAGGAGAGAAGUCGAGCCUCCUUUUAAGCCAAAAGUGGAAUCUACUAGUGACAUCAGCAACUUUGAUCCGAAGGUUCUCAACAAGAAUGAUCCCAUCUCCUUCAGUGAGGACCAGAAGGAUUCAAAGGACAAAACCGAAUUCUGUGGGUUUUCUUUCAUUCACCCAAGAAUGCAGGAAAUAAUUGACACAGACGGGGAGAACCACUGAAAAAUUGGCUAUAAAAGAAAACACCAGACAUGACUUAUCGGAUGUGACUUUAUUACCGGAUGUGACUUA